ACUCGAGUGGCGAGCCUCUGUGUCUCAUCAGCUCAUCGGUGGAGUCCGGAGCUGAGCUGCUCAAAGUGCAGUAUUUCAAGGCCGACCGCAUGGGGCCGAACUUCUCCACAACAUAUAAAAACACGGAGCAGAUGAUCAACGUGACCUUCACCUCUCUAGACCUCAUGCUCCACACUGAAGCGCUGCUGUCAACCAUUGACUUCCUGUCGGCAGCGCUGUCCCCUGGCAGCGUGGCGUCUCCAGAGAGAGACAGCAGACCAAAGACAGAGGACAAGACGGCGUCCACCAAGUCCACCGCCCUGGUGUCACCUGCAGGAAGUGACAUCAUUGAGCUGAAGGUGAUGAUGACGCUGGGAGCCUUCAACGUCCUCGUGUGUGACCAGAGCUGCAACAUGGCCGACAUCAAGAUCCAAG